CACCUGUCAGUGCUUGAAGACAGAAAGAGAGAGAGACACACGCAUACGCCCUUACAAACAGUCCCUCUCUUAACUGACUUGAGCCAAGAAACUUAAACAACACACACAAGUGUGAACAGUGCAUUCAGUUUGAGUGGGAGAACUAGUGUGGAGAGUGGGAGCAGGAGUACAGCCUGGAAUAAUGUUUCCCUUCAAAUCCACGAUGCUUGAUGAAAAAUCCCAACUUCAAGACCUGAACCAUCGCCUGGAGUCUUACUUAUCCAAGGUACGACAACUGGAGCAAGAAAACCAACGCCUCAUCACGGAGAUCCAGCAUUUAAAGACCGAGAAGAGGACAGAAGAAAGGAGUCUUUAUGUGGAUGAGAUCAAUAAGAUGAGAUGGGAACUGGAGGAGCUGACGUUUGAGAAAUCAAAAGCUGAAAUGCAACGAUGCAAGCUGUGGCAGGAGAUCCAAGAGCUACAAAAGCAUCACAUCGCCGAACAAACAGAUUUUAAAAAUAUAAAUCAACAGCUGGCUGAACACGAGAAGGUUCUUCAGCAGACUGAAACAGGCAAUGCGUCUCUCGAAGCGUACAUCUUGGAGCUGCGGGCAGAAUGUCAAACCCUGAAAGAUCAGCAUGAGCAAGCAAAGAGAGAAAUGAGGGAAAAGCUGAGCAGAGCACCCCAGCUCGUGGUCACUCAGGGGUAUCACACAGCCCCACUGACCGAAGAGAAUUUUGAACAACAUGCCCUCACCUUAUCAGCAAUGUGGGAGGAAGGCUUUGAGAUCUACAAAAACAAGAUCGAAGAACUGGAAACUGCUGUUCAGCAGGACAAAGCGAAAGGUGAAGAAUUGAACAGGGAAAGAGUGCUUUUGAUUAUGGAAAUAGAAGCGCUGAAAAAAGAACUUGAAGAUCAAUUUAAACUCCAGAACAAACUAGAAGAAGAUUUUUUAACAUUUCAACAGAAGCAUGAGAUGGAUGUGGAGGAAUACCAGAGAGCCAUUGAUUUACUGGAGGAUGAAAAGCAAGAUCUUAUAUCAACGAUUACACUUAACCUCAAAGAGCAACAACAGCUGAUACAGGUGAAGAUGGGACUGAGUCUUGAGCUUGCCACCUACAGGGCCUUGCUAGAAGGAGAACACGUUAAGCAUCAAGGGAUACAGCAGCAUCUGCAAAAACUGAGACAAGCAGGGACAGAUACAAGAUCACAUAUGUCCAGUGUUGUUCUACGACCAACUCUUGGUACGCGAGAUCGCAAAAAGUGGACACCAACUAGCAUUAAAAUUCCUUCAAGCUUCCGGAAAGAUACUGUGAUUAACAAAAAGGGGAUAAUACCACAACCUCGUUCAUAUAGAAUACCAGCAAGAAAGACUAUUAAGAGUUCUCUGUCAGACGAUGAUCUGCUUUAUGAUGACACGUCUUCACCAAUUCAAAAUGUUGCAUCUUCAACAAGGUCAAUAAAUGCCUACAGGGACAAGACUAAGUUUACACCCAAAACUCAUGACCCACAAAUUACAACUAAAGAAGCUGUUGUUCAGCACAAAGUAUUUCCAGAAGAGAUUGACAGGAAGAGUAAAGUGCCCUUAUCCAAGGCAGUGCAUGUUACAGAUACGGCCACACAUACAUCCAAAGUAAUAGUCGGGGAGUCAGAUUCUUAUGAUAAAAGGGAUGUUUCAUGUAAUGAAGAGACGAAAAUUAAGUCUCCGGGUUUAAAUGAAUCACCUCAAUCUGUUAGUGAGGUGCAAAAUUGGGAUUUUAACAGGAGGCCUGCUGAAACAAUCAAUGAGGAGCAGCAUGAGACUGAGGCAACAAAGGAAGUGAUAGCAGUCAAAAGUAUGCCAAAAGAUUUGGACAUCAAAGUAGACAUCAGUAAUAUGCGGCCACCUAUUACCCCGGAUGGAUACACCCAUACUAUAGACCAAGAGGCAAGUGCAGAAUUUACAAAGUAUUUCCAAGUGGAUAAUACGAUAGAAGAAAACAAGAAGGAACCUAUGCUGGAAACUGAAGAGAUCGGGAUGAAAAUUAAUGCAGGGAAGUCAGAGGAUAAUCAAGGAAUUGCUAUCUGUAAAGAUAAUGAACCUUUGGCAAAUAAUAUUAACACUGGGGAUUUCCUUCAAACAGACAUAAAAUCCAUUGACUUGGCAAAACUGAAUGUUUCACCAGAAUCUGAUAUCACUUAUCAUAUCGAGGAGAAAGAGGUGUUGGAUGAUGGCAAAACCAAAAGAGAAAUUAUCAUUCAGUCAAGAAGAGAAGAAAUUGUUGAAAUGGGAGAUGAGUCAACUCUGAAAGAAAUGUUGAAUGUGGAUGCCAAAAGUCCAGAGCUUCAAGUGAAAGGGGCUUUGGAACAUUUAACAGGGUCUAAGACUGAGAACGUUAUGGAUGGACUUCUCAGCCUAGGACUUAAAGGAAGACAAGCUCCAGGGAAAGUAUCUGUAAGUGUUGAGAUGGGCGAGCAAACCUUGGAACGUUUUGAGGAAACUGAUGAUUUUCCUACAACCGCAGACACAUUUCCACUGACUUUAGGAGCAGAGGAUAUUGAUUAUGAAGGCAAGGACGGCAGAUGUGAAGAAGUCUUAAAUAUUACAAUGACUGCUGCAGAUUUUAGGAAAACAAUGUUAUCAAAUACUGAACCACUAUUGCAAAGCUCACCUGGUAUUUUGUCUUCAAAUGAAAAAGCACAUGAAAUGACUAAGGAAAAAGCAGAAUUGUUUGGAACCAACAUAACAGAAAUGGGGUUGCAUUAUCCUCAAAGUAAUGAAGACUCAGAAAAUGUUAAACAAAUUACAGUCACACAGCAAGAUACCUUAUCAAAAGAACUGUCUUCACCAUGCCUGAUAGAGGAAUCGAUUAGAGUUCCUCAAGGUGUUCAGACAUCCAUUGUCGAGCUAUUGACUGAGGAAACAGAGGAUCCUAAACUUAAGCUGAAAGGAGCUUUGCAGCAGUUGAAAGAAGUUGUACCAGAAAGUCUGAGGGAUGAGCUUUCAGUACUCACUAGAGAUUCCCAAGACCAAUCUGACAACAUAUCAGUUAAUAUUAAACAUGUCCAACAAUCUUCUCAGAGUGGUGUUGUCACUAUAGAGGCAGAGGUGAAUGUUUCACAAAGCCUUGACCCAGAGGAUUUCUAUUCAAUGGACACUGGAGAUGAAGAAAACACAGACAACUUAGAGUCAAGACUAAAUAAUCUCAAUACCCAAGAGAAAAUACAGGAACUACUGAGUGCAGGAGGUCUUAAAGCAGUUGAUACUUUGCACGACGAUGAUGGAAUCAAAAUAAAGGUCAGAAGUAUUAAUGAGGAACCUGUGCCUUUGCCAGAAGCCAAGACAAGAGAUGGGACAGAUGCUGGUGAAUAUACAAGUUCUCAAUAUCACAGAGGUGGUCUAACUGUUCAUGAAGUGUCUCAGUCAAGUGAAAUUGAAGAUGAUUUAUCUGAUCAAAGUACAUUCUUCCAGAAGAGAACAGGUCAGAUGGACAGAGAAGAGUUCUUUCAUGGAGUCUUGGAUCCAGAAAAUUCAUCAGAAACCUUUCAAAUGAAUAUAAAUCCAGUUACAUCAAUACAGACAAGUGGAGGUGACAGCGGGAGAGGUAUGACAUUCAUAACUCAGCAGCAUGAAACGGCUGAAGGAAUAGAUGAAAGGAGACCUGAGGGUAAUGUGUAUUGGUGUGAAGAACUGGAAUCUGAGAAUAGAGGUGGCCAUGAAGUGAGUGUUACUGAUGCAGAUGAAGAAGAUCUACAAACUUAUGAUCCAGAACUUAUGCAAUACUCAGUUUCUCCAAAUGCCUUGGCAAAGCCCAGGAUUGUUGCAUCUGAAGGUAACACACAAGUGGUCUACAGUGAACAGAAAGUUGUUGUUACACACUUUGAUGAGGGUCAGUCAGAUGACUGGCCUCUGUACGAUGAUUAAACUGUAAAGAGUCUUCAAAAGAAUGGAUUAUGCCUUUGAAAUGGAACCUAGUUAAUACAGGCACAAUUAGAGAAUAGCUGACACCGAGCAGAGAUUAUGCAGUCGCAAUGGAAUCAGAUGCUUUAAUGCUUUGAUAAAACAAUGCUUGAAACUUACCUGCUGCAUAACCCCACGUGUGUGCUUUAAAAGAAAUACACUUGUGACAUAUCCAGUUACCUGAGACCUCGUAAUAUCACAGAAAUCAUUAUCAAAUGAAACAUUAUGAUUUAAAACAAUCAUGCAUAAACAAAAUUGCUUCUGUUGACUAAUUUUAUAGAAGGGAUAGAUUGAAAGUAGUAGCAGAGGACUGUUGGCUAUGCAGUAGUUUUAUUUGAGGUUUCUGUGUAGAGUUAUAUACAAUUAAAAGGUCUUAAAAUAUUUUUGCAUGGAUUUGGUGUGUAAUAGUUGAGUCUAGGCUACACUUAUAGAGUAUUUUCCGGUAAACAGCUCUAAGUUAAAUUGUUAUGUUCUACAGCUUACCUUAAGACUUCUUUGGGUUAUUAUGACCUCUCCAUGACACUGUUUGCACCGCUGGGUAUUUCCAGCAUUUUCUGUUUUGAAUUUCAAAUUUCCAGCAUUUGCAAUAAUUUGCUUUUGUGUUUGAGAAGAACUUUAGACUCUAUCAUGAAUGUUACAGUAAGAAACUUAUCCAGAUGUCAGCUUCGCUACUGAAACAGGAAAUUAAACAUUAAUAAUUAUAGCUAAAAUGAGAAAAAUUUGUUUGGUCAGUUUCACCAUUUUUCUGAGUUUUUAAAAGAUUUUUAUUCCUAACAAAUGGCAAUUGAAUUUCUUUGUCAUAAUUUCACAACAUGCCUCCAAUUUCCAUUAUUCAUUUUGGCAUUCAGCCUCUGAUAGUGUUAAAGUGUCAAUCAGAAGGCAGCAUUGUAGGGGAUGAUACAGUAUACAUAGUAUCAAGAGUCUGGUCAGAACUCAGGAAAUAACUUAAAAGAUAUUUUCAAAUUAUCAUCUUGUUCCUAGUUACAGAGUUCAGUUAUGCUUACAAUUAAUGAGAAAGUAAAUUGAGUACAAUCAGAAAGUGUUUAGAAUCUCAAAAGAUUCUCUGUAUUUCAUGCCUUAUUUCCUGUCAAUUUAAUGUUCAUACUGUUUUAAUUUGCGAAAGCCAAAAAACGUCUUUACUUUUUGAUCAAUGAUUCCCCCAGACAACUCCCAAAGAAAUGCAUUUGGAACAAUUGGACCUUACUGGUAAUUUAAGUUUCCUACUUUCUGUCAACUUCCUUAAGCUAGAAAUAUAACAUACAAUUGUAUCAACAGCACUCACAUAAUCCUGCAGUAGCUCACACAAUAUAUAGAAUUAUUAUAGAAAAAUUUAGUUUGAGCAUCAAUAAGAAUCCAAAUUGCUCAAUAGUGUAGUUUUUAUGUGCUUUAAUAGAAAUAGAAGGGUCAGAGUAGAUAUGUCAAGUGUUUGGAUUGAAGGCUUGUUAUGUAGAAUAAAGAAUCAAUGAUGGGAUGUGUUACAAGAUUACAUGAACCACAUUUAUAAUUGUGAAGAAAGAACAAACAUGCAUUUAUUCAGCACAUUAUAUGAUUUUCAGGAUGUUCCCAAGCAUUGUACAGCCAAUAAAGUGCUUUUGAAGAGUUGUAGGAGAUGUGGCAACCAAUGUGUGUACCAUCAGUAAUGGGAUAAGACCAGCCAAUAUGCUUUGAGGGUCAUAUUAUUUGAGGGAUAAAAAUUGGUCAGGAGAAUGUGGAGAAUUUCCCUGCUCUCUAUCAAAUAGUAUCAUGGAAUUUUUGUUUUACUUUUACUGACAGAGCAUACUAUGCCUUGGUUCUGUGUCACAUCUGAAAGAUUGCAUCUCUGACAAUGUAGCACAUCCUCAAUAUUGUACUGGGAGUGUCAGCCUAAAUUUUGUGCUCCGCUACCUGCAACGGGAUUUAAACUCUCACCUUCCGACUCAAACAUCAAAGUUCAUACACGGGAACAGUAUGAGAUAAUGACUGGUGCUGUAGAAACAUACACACCUAUAAAAAUUACAACUUUCAUGGAGGGAAGGACUGGGCAAACUGUUCAAGAACCUCCUAGACAACACUGGUGUCAUUGCUAAUCACACAUUUACUCAUGCUUUACUAACAACAGGAAAAAGCAGUGAUUUCUUUUCCUUCUUCAGAAUUGGUUUGUGCUGGAUAGAUAAGACUUCUGUUCCUGAUGUUAAAGUUGGUAGACUGCAAGCUGAUUAGUGUGUGGGGAAGCAAGAAACAUAGCCAUGUUGAUAUUUGAGACAGAGUGCAGAUUGCUAAGAGUUUUGAAGAUAAUAUGCUUCUGGGUCUUUUAAGACAAGGCUCAUCAUGGAGAUAAUUAAGGUUACAGAGUGGCUUAGCUAAUUUAGAACUGUGUACAUGUUAUAGCCAGUUAUUCUCUGACUAGCAACUUUGCAGUUGCUUUCUGUAUUCUUUUGUAAAAUGUUUUAAUUUAGUAGUAAAACACUUUUUAAAAUGC